UUCGAGUCAAAACAAAAACGUGAAACUCGAAAAAAUUUAAAAAUUUUGAUAAAAAUGGCUUUGCAAUCUCGUGUUUCGCGGAAUUUUGUCGUCACAUCGUUGCGUUAUGGCGCCGCUUCUUAUUCUUCGAGCUCAAAAGACGCCGUCAAGCACGACGAUGAGGAAUUUCGUGUCUUGAACCUUCGCCCGAACGCGAGAAAAGCCAUGGUUCGCAAGACUUUUAAGAAACAACUCGUCAUGCCGCCCCGUUACGAGCAAAUGGCAACAGAUCAGGAUUGGGGAAAUGUUUGGCCGGGCCCGAAAACGUUCCAUCCAGCAAGUGUUCCGUUGCCGCUGCGACAGGGAUUCACGGAGGGAGGAAAAGCGCCUCCCGGUAAAUUCGCCAACGCAGAAUUGAUGAAAAUUCCGAAUUUUUUGCACUUGACGCCGCCCGUUGUGAAGCGUCAAUGCGAAGCAAUCAAGCAAUUUUGCUCCCCCUGGCCCAAAGGGCUUGAAAAUGAGGAAAAAAUGGAGAAACAUUUCCCGUUGCGAAUCAUUACCUCGGAUUAUUGCCUUUCUUCGCCCACAAUUCGCAAUAAUUUGGCACGAGUAGCUGCGCUAAAGUUCAAAUUAGCUUCCUUGAAGUUGGAUGAUCAUGCGAAAGAUAAAUUUUUGCGUCUCGUAAAGGAACGUUACAACCCCGAAACGGAUGAAGUGACGAUUGUAGCGGAUCGUUGCCCGUUGAAAAGGCAAAAUUAUGACUAUGCGAUGUAUUUGCUCACUGCGCUGGUUCACGAAAGUCGAACAGUUGAGUCGUGGGAGGAGCAAAAGACCUUGGAUGACAUGGAAAUUUACAUUUGGAACGAUAACAAGUCGAAAGAAAACUCCGAAGCGAUCGUUAAUUGGGGCAAAGGGGAAAAUGAGAAGAAGGCAGUGCCGCAAAAGUAUGGAGCAGCUGUCGAGAGACUCAUGAAUGAGGGAGAAAAUGUCCAAAAUUAUCGGGAUUAUAAGGAAAGUGUGUUGGAAAUGCUCGGACUGAAGCCAGAAACUGAUUUUGUCGCUGUGCAGGGCGGGGAUAGAUAAAAAAUUACAUUUUUAGUUUUAUGUAGAAUAAAAAAAUGAAUAUUAAAAAUAAAAAAUGU